CCACAGGCAUGAGGGGCCCCCAGCAGAGAUGAUAGUGCUGGCGCCAGCCUGGACCCCAACAACCUCGCUGCUGCUGCUGCUGCUGCUGCUGUUCAGCCCCGGGCUCCGCGGGACCUCGGAUUGCUCCUUCACCUACAACCCCAUCUCCUCCACCUUCAAGAUCACCAUCCGCAAGCUGGCUGACUACCUGCUCCAGGACUACCCAGUCACGGUUGCCUCCAACCUGCAGGACGACGAAGAGUGCGGGGCUUUGUGGCGCUUGACCUUGGCCCAACGCUGGAUGGUCCGCCUCAAGACCGUGGCCGGAGCGCAGAUGCGCGAGCUUCUGGAAGCAGUCAACACCGAAAUAGUGUUUGUCGACUCAUGUCCCUUCCAGCCCCUCCCCAGCUGUCUUCGCCUCGUCCAGACCAACAUCUCCCACCUCCUGCAGGACAUCUCCAUGCAGCUGGACACCUUGAAGCCCCGGAUAACGGGGCCCGAUUUCUCCAAGUGCUUGGAGCUGCAGUGCCAGCCGGAUGCCUCCACUAUUCUGCCCCUGAAGAUCACAAAGGCGCUGGAAUCUGGCAAGCCGGCUCCGCUACCCAAUUCCCUCUUCCUGCUACUGCUGCUCGUGCCUGCAGCCCUCGCCCUGCUGGCGAUCAACUGGUGUCUGCGCUCUCAGAGGCUAUCAAGGAGGACCAUACCUCGGCCUGGGGAGCCGGCACCCCGCGAUCCCCAGGAGGCGCGGCCCUUGCGACCCCCACACUCCUGA